GAGCGAUGUCCAACGGGGAAACUUCCGUGUUUUUUUUUUUAUAUUAUAUUAGAAAUAUUUAGAUUUUGAUGAAUUUGUGAGUUUUAUAUAGCGAUUAUAUCAAUCGGGAGUUUGUUAGUUUAAACAUAUCGUAGGAAAUUUAAGGAAAAAUCGGUGAAAUAUUGCAGUCGUACAACACUUUGGUGCUUUUGAAGCAUGUAAAAUGGGACUUUGCAUUUAAAACUGUGCGACAAUCGAACAAAAAUGAGCACCCACAAGGGAAACUAUCAAGCUAUCAAGGCUUCCGAAUACGAGGUGACAACAAAGAGGCACAACACAAAAGACGGAGUGCAUUUGAACAAUUUGUGGUCGAUUUGGUACGGCAUCAUAUGCUCGGUUUUACAAGGAUAUCUUGCCUAUAGAUGUUUAAAGGAAAUACUGGGCUAUUCCAUAUUACAAUGGCCCGAUGGACUGCCAUAUCUGGAGCUCAACUGUAGCUUAGGCUUAAACGGAGCUGUCUUUCUACUUUUACCAAUAUUUUUCACUGUUACAAUUCUAAAGAUUGGAAAUCUGGCAAAUGAUGGCUACAAACUUGGUCGGCAGACAUCUACUUGCAGCAGAGAGCCUACAGAUGCUUUGGCUGUAAGCGGAGGCUGUGGGCUGUUUCGUUAUGGGGGUCCUACAGCUCCUUUCAUACACAUUGCUAUUGCAUUCUGUUUACUCAUACCUAGAUUACUUAUGGAAGCUAAGCUCAUUCAAGCUGGAUUUUUGCCUCAAGAUUACGUCUGGCACACCGAUUUGGACUUUCUUGUCCUACACAAAAACAAAUCUCUUGUCUUGAGUUUUGUAAGGCCAACUGAUAGUGCUUCGGCCAGUCCUGUGAUGUCCCUAAAUCUAUUGGCCGAAAAGUUUUACGGGCCUGGAAUGAUGACGUUUUCUGGUGCAAACGUGACUCACACCGUCAUGAAGACUUUAAAGGAUAUUAUUGGACAUGAGGCUAGAAAUUAUGAUAGGAAAGAAUCUGGUGGAAUAUGGGACUCUUCAAUAUCACUUGAGUUCAUAAACCUAGUACUGGCAUUGGUAAUUUACUCAGUACGUUACCCAGCACUAUUCUGGUCUGCCAACAAAUGCCUAGGACUACUAUUUUCGUUUUUGCUUUUCAUAAACGGCCUUCACAUUGUUUUAUCGUUUGCUGGCAUCAGCAUUUUAUACAAAAUCCACGUGACCAAUUUGUGGACAUCGAUGCCCCUACUCCAACAAGCCUUGCCAAGGCUUUACAAUAACUUCAACAAGUUGACUCCGUUUUUGCUCAAUGCUGAAGUCACAUUUGGAUUGUACAUGUUAUCCACAUUAUUGAUUCUGGCUAGUAGCGUUGUCAUGUACUUUUAUGGACAUACCAGAUUCACGUCAUUUAUCAAUCAUCAACGUGAUACUAAGCUGAUAACCUUGCAAGGGUCAGCUAGUAAUGCUUGGGUCUACUUUACACAUUGUGCAGCGUUUUCAGUUUUAAUUUCAAUCGGGAUUUCUAAUGCUCCUUUGCUGCACGACUACACAAUUAUUUACCGAGGAAGUUUCAAUGAUAUCUCGUUGAUUUGCAUUAUUUAUGUUGUAUUUCAUUUGACUUUUUGGAUUUGUAUUUGGUUGUUUUUGACUUUUAAAGACCAAUGGGAUUUUAAAAUAAGAAUAUCGUUUGGUGAAGCUAUAAUAAGACGCUCUCGUUCCAUGCGUUUAGUUCAAGGUAAUUCCAAUAUUAAUACAGAAGAUCCUUCAACAGGACAACAGCCACUUUUGAUCAUUGGCAAUGGGAAAACUUACACCGUUACAGAUGUUUCUCCUAAAAAGGCAAUCAUGGAUGUUUUACAGAAAAAUGGCUCUAUUAAAACAUCCAAGAGUAAAGGUUCUAUGACGACAAAUGACGACAUCAGCGAAGGUAUUUACUGGCACAGGCCCGCUCUGGACGUUGCCAGGUCUCAAUCGAAAUCCAAAUGUUUUCCAUGGUUCAAAAUGAAAUCGAAACAAAAGGUCGUUUUCGAUGAGCUAUCCAGUACGUCAGCUAAUCGAAAUAAAUCAAAAAUAAGAAACAGCGUGAUUCCUGGUAUAGAUGAAGAUGACGGAGAUUAUGCUACCCUUAGAGAAUUACCCUUGGCACCUAUAUUAGCCAACAAGCGAAAUAUUACUGACGAUAAUGUCAGCGAAGAAGGAAAGCUACUCUCAUGCCUUCAAGACGAAGAUAUCACAUACGCAAACACCAGCCAGGAUUUCAAUCCUCCUGAAUCAGCUUGUCUACUAGAACCCAUAGUAAUUCAUAACGAUUACGCUGCACAGGUAUCUUCCACUUCAGAAACCACCCAUAAUCGUCACAGAAUCCUCCGUUCCGAUUCGGGAAUAUUAACCCACGAAGAAUUCACUGCAAGAUCCGAUUCAAUAAGUACCGAGUGUUCGGUUUCACCUCCCGAACCACCUGGAAGCAGCCACAGCGAAGCUUCAAGCGGAGUACACUCAAACGAGAGCAAUGAAACUUCAAUUUUGAAGCAACAAAAUGACGAUUCACAAGCCACCAAUUCCGGCUCUGGAUCAGUCAAAUCUAAUCCGGAAAGUACUGUUGUUAUUAGGCGAAAAUCUAUUAGGCCUAAUCCAAAUGAAGGAGUUUCAGAAGCUAUUCUAAAAGAAGACCCUUAUGGAAGAGCUACAAACAUGCGUAUGACUUCAUUUAUGGACACCAAAGGUAUUCUGAUUCAAUCUUCUUCGGCUACUUUGCCUCAUUAUCCGACACAGCCCAGCGUGCAAAAUAUGUUUUCGAAUAAUUGCUCAACAAUGCCGUUGCCUCAACAUACUUCCGGCAACAUUCCGCAAUCAAUUACAAAUGGAAACAGUUGUAAUGUUUAUCCUAAUCGACCGCACACAACAAUACCGACUCAUUUAAAUGGUAUCAAAAUUGUACCAAGCAACGGAAUUCAAACAGCAGUGAAACGACUUUCUGGAACGAAACUGGAACCGAUUUAUACUAAAAUCAAUAGAGCAACUAAUCAAGUUUGUCAUUAUACUACCAAUGGGCAUUCGUAAAUUGUUUUAGGUUUUGAAAAAAUGAGGUUGAAGGAUUGAGCUUCCCUAUGAAGAAGGUUUGUGCGAUUCUGAGUGAAACAUUUUUUGUUUAAUAUUAAUAAUAUAAAAUAUAAUGAGGUAGCUUAGUGAAAUAGGUACUGGAUACAAAGAAGUAAUUUUUACGCAUAAUGAUUAAAUAAGUUGGCACUUUUGCGAGAUACUCAAGACAAUAAACAAUAAUAUUUUAGACUGAUAUGUAUCUACGAACAAAGAGCAUACUUAAUAUACCUCGUUAGUAUUAAUAUUCUGAGCUGCCUAUCAAAUUCUGCAAGGGCAGCUUUUUGUCAAACAAUUUAAAAUGUAGCAGCGAAUAUUUCAAUGAUUCGAAAUUUGUUCUAUAUAGGUACUCAUCGAGUAACAAACUGCCAAAAAGGAAACGUAAAAAUUAAGCCUAGAUUGUCUUAUUAGGUAGGUACAGUUGCUCCCGAUUAUUUGAUUAAAUUAGGUACAGGUACUUCAAGACAUUUUCAGAGAAGUGAAAAUCGACAAACCCUGAAAUAUUCAGAUGUAGGUAUAACCGGCUCUUUCAGAGCUAAAAUUUGACAGGAAUGCGUGAAAAUCUAAUUCCCGGUUCCUCUUGAGCUGAAAUUGAAAUUUAGGGAAGUAAACUGAAAUUUCCAGACAUUAUAAAGUUAAACUGCAAGUAAAGUAUUUUUAAAAAGGUAAUUUUUGUCCAUCUCAGAGAAGCUCGAAAUUCCUGUAACAGCAACAAGCUCUUCUAGAGCUACAAUUUGAAUUAUGCCAAAAUCUCAACCUAAGAAAAUUUGAAAGGACCCCGCACACCUCUUAUGGGUAUUUGGUUUUCUGUCAAACUCAAUGAAAUUUUGAUGUGUAAGACCUUGACUUCUUGAUAAAAAGUUCUCAUGGGCCCGAACCAAAUCCUAUGAUUAGUUUUUGAGAUACAGGUACUUUAAUGUCCACUAUAUUUUGACCUCCCACUUGGAGGGGUAAUUACAGGUGCUACAAAAAAAAGUUCAUUACAAAAAUUCUUCAAUUUGAAGCAAAAAAUUCAAAUUUGAUAUAAUUAUUUAUACAGGGUGUUCCAGAAGCGGUCCACAGCUCUUAACUUGAAAUUUAUAAAUUGGAUGAAAUACAGGGUUUUCAUUUGAUUUUUAGAUUCUACGUUCAAUUCUAAGACAUUUUUUUAUAAAAUAGAACUAUCUUAUCUUUUACCGUUUUCGAGAUAAAGGCAUAGAGAUUUUGUGGGGAAAAAAAAUAAAUUAUCGUGAUAAAUAUAGAUUGUAUGGAAAUUGUUGCGUUAGUUCAAUAUUCAAGUAACCUACUUAUAAAUGAAAAAAUCUACAACAAAAAUAACCGAUAAACUACAAAAAUUGUUCAAAAUGACACAUAAUGUUGAACGACUUUAAAUGUUCUUUCUUUCACAAUUUUCCGUACUUUUCAAAGAUUCGAUUAAAGGCGUUUUCCCGAGGCAAAAAUAAAAUAAACUCUUCGCAAACUUUAUUUGGACUGACUCAUUAGGUACUGUAGACUUUAACUCAAACUGUACUGAACUUAAAACUGAUGAUCUCAACUGAUCCUCCACUUCUUAAACCGCUGUAUUUAUAUGUUUCGUCCCCCCAAAAUUCCUAAUUUCAUCAUUCAUUUAGAAAAUGAUGCAAUCUGUUCGAAAUUUUUGUCAUUUCUUUGUUCAAAACCGAAUAAUUAAGUCGCAAUUUCCUGGUUUAUCGGGGUCAACAGAUUUCCUAUAAGAAUGUCACAUAUAAAUCAAAGAAGACCUACACACGUGCGCCAUAAAUCACCGAUUUAAUUACUUUGGCCUCGCUUUUAAUAUUCUUAUGGAUUUGUUUAGAUGAUGACUAAAUAAUAAGAAAUUAAACGUUUUUAAGAUAUUUUAAUUAAUCUGGGUUAAUUUUUAUUGGUUUCAUUUUCAAUUUAUUGAUACUGAUGUUAAUUAUUUAGAGAUUCAGUUUUUGAUUAUUUGAUUACAUUUAAUUUUUACAGUAAAGACAUUGUCUAGUUUCCUGGGUGAUUACACACCCAUAAGUUCCGCAAUAAUCCACUCUUUUGUACUUGAAUAACUUGUCACAUAUAUUACUAGUUUGGUAAAGUAACAUUACUAAUUCCUGUUAAAAGGCAAAUUGACAAAAAGUGAAUGAUCUUACAAAUUCUGAUUUUAAAUAAUAAGUUAUUGUUCAAGUACAAAUGAGUGGAUUGUUGCGGAAUUUAUGGGUAGACCUCUGCGGGACGAGCGCAGCGAGUUCCGCAGCCAUCUACUCACCAAUAUACUGUUGAACUAUUCAAAUAAGACACUCACCUGAAACGUGUAGUUUUUGAACUAAUGAGAAUAACUGACAUUUGAGUGAGUCACGUUAGUAUCGUACUUGAACAACAUAU